AUGGUAGCUUCACGUAGCUGGCUGUUGGGCCUUAUCUUAGCUCUGCUUUGCACUGGAUCGUUCAAGGAUUCUGUGCAGGCUGAAGAAAGACUGCAAAGUGAGGAAGCCGAGGUGCUGAGGGGUCUGAACCCUACUGGAGGUGAGAAAGAGGAGGUGGCUGAUGAGGAGGAGGGUGGAAAUAUAUCUGAAGAAGCUGAUAAAGACGCAGGAGGAGAUGGGGAAACAGAGGAAGCUGAAGAUGAGGACGAUGGAAAGGAAGCUUCUGAGGAAGAGGAGAUAACUAAGGAGGAAGAAGCAGCUGAGGCUGAAGUGGAAGACGCUGAGGAAGAGGAGGAGGCAGAAGAAGGAGCAGAUGAAGAGGAAGUAGCAGAGGAAGAUGACGAGGCAGAAGGAGUAGAAGAUGAAGAGGUAGAAGAAGCAGAAGAGGAGGAUGAGCAGAUGGAGGUAGAUGUAGAAGAAGAAUUAGCAGAAGAAGAGGAAUCAGCACAACAGACAACAGAGGAAGAAGAAACAGCAGCAGAGGAUGAGGGAGCACCAGGUGAGGAAGAGAAAGAGGCAGAUGGGGAAAAGGUAGCUGCUAAUGAAGAUAAUGAGGAGGCUGGAGAUGGGGAAGAUGAAGAGACCAUCGUUGAAGAUAAUGAAGAAAAUGUAGAGGCAGAGUUGGUCUCCAUACAAUAUAGCUCAGGCUCUUUCUGUGCCCUUUGCUCAGUCUGUGAGCACUGCGGUACCUGUGACAAAUGUCCCUGUGAGGAAGGAGACACGUCAGCACACUGCAAUCACUGUGACGAUUGUUCCUACUGUUACAUUUGUCCAGUGAUCUGUGAAACAGUCUGCCAGCCAGGUGGAAUUCUUGAUGUACUGAGUGGUUCUCUCUACCACACUGUGAACACGUUGCUCUGAAUACUUUCAGCAUUCUUCACAGCGUCAUCUUUUGGUGAACAGAGGAACUACAGACUAGCGUUCAAAUCGUUCACUUGUAGGCCUGUCUAUUUGGCUGGCGAGAUCUGGGGAUUUUCACUCUGAGGCCAGUGAUGGGAGUGGACAACCUAUCUUAAAUAUAACCGAGGAACGGUCAGGACCUUAAUGUUUAUCAUUUAAUAGUACUUUAAAGGUGACUUU